AUUAUAAUUUCGUUAGUUUAGUUUUUGUCGCUUUAGUGUGAUAACGCAAUGCUUAAUACAGCGACAAAAUGUUGCUUCAAUCACUUUGUCCGACGUUUCAGUACUCCAGCGAUACCGGAAUAUAAUUUUGUGCCUAAACCCUACACUGGUCCAUCUAUAGCAAAAACGGACAAAUUAAAACUGAAUCAUGUUUCUCCUGUUGUUUAUGAUCUAUAUAAGAAACCCUUGAUAAUACACCAAGGCAGCAUGCAGUGGCUGUACGAUCAUGAAGGGAGGAGGUAUUUAGACCUCUUUGGAGGCAUUGUCACCGUAUCCGUCGGACAUUGUCACCCGAAAGUCUCGUCAGCUCUGCACGAGCAGAUUGAUACUCUUUGGCACACCACCAAUAUCUACCGCCAUCCCAAACUAUAUGAAUACACGGAGAAACUGAUUAAAAAGUUCCCUGGUGAUUUAAAGGUUGUAUACUUAGUGAACAGCGGGACGGAGGCUAACGACCUGGCUGUAGUCCUAGCGAAAGCUUUCACUGGCAACAAUGACGUCAUAUCCCUGCAGAGCGGCUACCACGGCUGCUCCUACGGGGUGAUGGGACUUACUUCCACCCAGGCGUAUCGACAACCUAAUAUAUCUCACGCUGGAUUUUAUAACGCAUUAUUACCGGACCCUUACCGAGGCAUCUGGGGCGGCUGCAGAGACUCCCUCUCUCAAGUCCCCGGCGCGUGCUGCUGUCCCGGAGAAUGUAUCACCUCUGAUAAAUACGUACACCAACUCAGUGAGCUGCUAGAAAACUCAGUACCUGCAGGUCGCAUGGCGGCACUAUUCGCGGAGAGUAUACAGGGUGUUAACGGCGCCUUGCAGUUUCCGAAGGGUUAUCUAAGAAAAGCUUAUCAAUUAAUAAAGAAGUAUGGAGGACUUUAUGUCGCUGAUGAAGUACAGACCGGUUUUGGUCGGACUGGGGAUACAUUCUGGGGUUUCGAGAACCAAGGUUUCACACCUGAUAUAGUGACAAUGGCCAAAGGCAUCGGGAAUGGCUUCCCAUUGGCCGCAGUGGUCACGACUAAGGAGAUCGCGGCGGCGCACGCGCAGGCUGCGUACUUCAAUACGUUUGGUGGUAACCCACUCGCGGCGGCAGCGGGGAAGGCGGUUUUAGAUGUUAUAGAAGAAGAGAAACUCCAAGAGAAUAACAAGGUGGUAGGAAGAUACUUCAUCGAGCAGCUGAUGGAACUGCAGCAGGUCCACCCGGUGAUUGGUGAUGUAAGGGGCAAGGGCCUCAUGCUGGGAUUGGACCUCGUCAAGCCGGGGACCAAGGACCCGAUGCCAGUAGACCAGUUUAAGAACAUUUUUGAAACAAUAAAAGACCUCGGUGUGUUAAUAGGACGUGGAGGAAGGUGGAAUAAUAUUCUCAGAAUAAAACCGCCGAUGUGUAUCAACAAACAAGACGUCGACUUUUCUAUAUCUGUAUUAGAUGAAGCUUUUAAACGACAUAAAUAACGUUUUUUUUGUAUUUCAUUG